CGUGUGUUGUUGGUUACUAAGCAACUUACGCUCACCACAUAAGUUGCGUCAUUUCCUGUGGAGGGACGCGUUGGAGCGAGCCAGUACAGUCGAUCCCCUCCGACAGCUGAAGGCAAGACGACAUCACAGUCGAGCUCCGUUCCGUUUUACUUUCUUUCUUUGCGCACUAAUGCAACCAAUAACUUUCCAACCUGUUUGAUUUCUGUCUGUGGAAUACAUCCGGCGCACUUUCCAAAGGACUAAAGCGCGUUUUAACUUUCUGAUUUGAGCGUGCCAAAGGAAAACAACUUUGCAUUUUAGUUUGGGUGCCAUAUCCUCCAAAUACGGGACGAGUGGAUUAGAACUGAACGCUGAUCCGGUGCUCUACUUUAAAACUAAUCAACGGGAACGCAUUCAUAUGAUUAUGGACGUUGUAAAGCUUUGGAUUUCUGGGCAAAGAUCCUGAACUCCUUCAUGAGGGAUUCACUGUUGACGACAGAGAUAUUGGAGAAGACGCGCUGGCCACUUGACCCUUUUUCACGAGCACAAGACGCACCGGAGCGCGCAGCCUUCUGCCACCGUUACUGGGAAGGUGCACUUUCCUCUCGAAUAUAGGGCUUUUUAAAUUUACGUUAAAGUUACAGUUUUUACAGUAAAAUCUCCAUUUCAUAUUUUUAUAAACAUGAAAUGCUAUGAUGAUGGGAAUGAAUUUUGAUGACUAUAUUUUUUAAAAAUUCAUUAUGUCAUGCAGUGUUAGUAUUCCAAAAUGUCAUUUGCCAUGUUCCAAUUAUAAUAUGUUACCUGGUACUAUUGAAUGCCACAUUUUUAUUUAAAGAUAUGAUCUCUCGAGCAACUGUGAUUAAUAACAAUGACGGAUCACAGUGCUACACCUUCCAGGUAACACGUGACCUUAAAUGAAUGCAGCAAACAUUAACUAAACAACACAAACUGUAAUUUAAAACACUCUAAUUUACAUACCUUUGAACAAAACAGAUGAAAACAAUUAAUAAGGUCCUCAGUGACACGUUUGAUAUAAUACUAAGUAUGCCAGUGAACAUCAAGGCAGCGCGGUGCCAUGCGCCGCUCCGCAGACUCCUGUAGACUCGGUUCCGGUGGUACUGCGAUGCUCGCCGGACCCCUCCGCUUCCGCUUGGCUCUGUGAUCGAGGCAAAGAGCGCGAGGAUGAGCACAGACCUGGAGCGCCUGUCGCUCAACUCUUCCUCGGGUAACUCCGUGGCUUCCAGUGCGCGUUCUCUAUCCGCCAACGUGAAGAAGCUUCACAACGCUCUCAACCUGCUGCUCAGCGAUCUCGAGAGAGAGCAGUUCAUCCACUGCCUCAACGUGUACCACUCCAAGCGCAAUGUGUACGAUCUGGUCCAGACGCUUAAGGUCAUACUGAACGUCCCGAGCAAGCGUCAGCUCCUGCCCAUGCUGCGGCUGGUCAUCCCGCGCUCGGAUCAGCUUCUGUUCGAUCAGUACACAUCAGAAGGGCUCUACUUGAAAUCCGACGUUCUUGCGCGCAAUGGUGACCCGGACGGCGCCCACGAGGCUGCUAAUUCGAGUCCAACACACGGCGCUCAUUUCUCGGCUCCUUCCGCGUCUCAAGCCGCUCUGCGCGGAUCUCCUGACAGUAUCAGCACCAGCAGCGAUGGGACAGCGACUCUUAUUCCUUUACUGGGUAGAAAUUUCUUACCGGAGCCUCCUGGAGAGAUCCGACAGGUGAUACUGAAGCGUCACAAGAGCAACGAGGGUUUGGGAUUUAGCAUCCGCGGAGGUUCCGAGCAUGGAGUUGGGAUCUAUGUGUCACUGGUGGAACCGGGAUCACUGGCAGAAAAGGAGGGUUUGAGAAUAGGAGACCAGAUCAUGAAAGUAAACGACAAAGUGUUCGACCGGGUCACGCACGCAGAGGCAGUUAAGAUGCCUGUCUGACCAGCUGACUCAAUGAUGAGGAUGGAUUGUACAUGCUCUAGGUGACAUGUCCGCACCAUCUUUAUAGGCUAUAUUGAAUGUGUGUGUGAUGCCCUUUGGCAUCUCAUGAUUGGUUGGUCUAUCCGCAUGGCCCUUUAGUGUUUAUUCACAGGGCUGCUAUGAUAGCCCAUAUGAUCAAUGAUCUUUCCUCAUCUCCUGCUUCGAGGGUGACCCCAUAUAAAGAGAGUUGAUUGAAUUUUAAUGCUGUUUUGACUCUCAAACGUAGAGGAGGUUGCCUCUUGCCUUUGACCUGACACCGAAAGAUGAUUAAGACAGAAGUGUUUACCAGCUAACAGUCAAAUGCUGCUUUGUAAUCUCAGUUAGAGUCAAGCUAGAAGAUGCCUCUAACCAUACAUGUCCACUCGUGCUUAGCUGAGCGAGUGUUUUCAAUUUGUUCAUGGGAGCUGAGCAGCGGGUUCAUUUGGGGCAUUGUGAUAUUGACAGCAGAGUGGUGUGUGCAGUGAGAGAGAGCAUCAAAAAGUUUUAGAAAUGCUGAACUUUAUCCAAAUGAGAGGCAAAGAACAAGGUGAGGUGUGAGGUGACUGUGUACUAUGAUGUCAAAUAAACUGUAAUUGUGCAUAUAUAUGAUGAUGACUUAAAGGAUUAGUUCACU